CCUCCCCCGUGGCCGCCCGGCAGCAUGGCGGCGGCGGUGGAGACCCGCAGAGUGUGCGAGACCGCCGGCUGCAGCAGCGAGGCCAAGCUCCAGUGCCCCACCUGCCUCAAGCUGGGCAUCCAGGGCUCCUACUUCUGCUCCCAGGAAUGCUUUAAGGGAAGCUGGGCCACUCACAAGUUAUUACACAAGAAAGCAAAAGAUGAAAAAGCCAAGCGUGAAGUGUCUUCAUGGACCCUGGAAGGUGACAUUAACACAAAUCCCUGGUCUGGGUAUCGAUAUACUGGUAAACUCAGGCCACACUAUCCACUGACGCCAACAAGACCUGUGCCAAGUUAUAUUCAGAGACCAGACUAUGCUGAUCAUCCACUAGGAAUGUCUGAAUCAGAACAGGCUUUAAAAGGAACCUCUCAAAUAAAAAUACUGUCAUCUGAGGAUAUAGAAGGGAUGCGAGUAGUGUGUAGGCUUGCUAGAGAAGUAUUGGAUGUUGCUGCCAUGAUGGUGAAACCAGGAGUAACUACUGAAGAAAUUGAUCAUGCCGUCCAUUUAGCUUGUAUUGCAAGGAAUUGCUAUCCUUCCCCUCUGAAUUAUUAUAAUUUCCCUAAGUCGUGUUGUACGUCAGUGAAUGAAGUGAUCUGUCAUGGAAUUCCCGACAGGAGGCCGUUGCAGGAAGGAGAUAUUGUUAAUGUGGAUAUUACUGUCUAUCGCAAUGGCUACCACGGAGAUCUGAAUGAGACGUUUUAUGUUGGAGAAGUUGACGAGGGUGCAAGGAGACUUGUCCAAACAACUUAUGAGUGCCUAAUGCAAGCCAUCGAUGCAGUAAAACCUGGUGUUCGGUACAGAGAACUGGGAAACAUCAUUCAGAAACACGCUCAAGCAAAUGGAUUUUCAGUGGUUCGGAGCUACUGUGGGCAUGGAAUCCAUAAACUUUUCCAUACGGCCCCUAAUGUGCCACAUUAUGCCAAAAAUAAGGCAGUUGGAGUCAUGAAGCCAGGUCAUGUAUUUACAAUUGAACCAAUGAUCUGUGAAGGUGGUUGGCAAGAUGAGACCUGGCCUGAUGGUUGGACUGCGGUGACGAGAGACGGAAAGCGAUCGGCGCAGUUUGAACACACACUCCUGGUCACCGACACAGGCUGUGAGAUCCUGACCCGGCGGCUGGAUAGUAUUCGUCCCCAUUUCAUGUCCCAGUGAGACCCCAGGCUGAGCUGGGAGAUCGGAACGAUACAUACUGGUUUUGUCUCUGUACUAUGCAUUUUUUUAAGAGUACAGAAUAGAAAGAUUUCAUCCUUUACUUUGUUCUCAGUGAUUGUAGAUAAGAGGAAUAUCUUGAAGAACCUGACCCAGUGUCUGGAAAAGCAGAGAAGAAUGGAAAGAAUUUUCUUCUUUCCUCCUACCUACAACACUCACACUAUAUUUUUGUUUUUUCUUUAAUUAUCUCUUUAGCACCUUUCUUCCAAUUAGACCCACAAUUGCUUCUGUUGCUGCCAUGAUAUUAGCUAGGAAAGUGUGGGUAACCUUUCCCACCGGGACUUGAUAUUUUGGGAUUCAGGUUUUUUUCACCACUUCAGUGUGCCCUGUUGCUCUUGGCAUAUGAGUGGCACCUGAGAUUUUAAGCAUUUCUAGUUCCAAAGACUUGCUCCUGCUUCUGCAGAUACUGUUCUAAUGGGCUGGGCCUUGUUUGUUUAUCAGUUGAGAAGGGGGUAGAAGGGAGAAAGACACACACUUCUGAGAGCAGGUUACCUUACUUCUGUCCCCAUCUCUCUGCUGAUGGCUUCUAUGGUGAUUCCAGCUGUAGGUGACACACUGUGUUAAUGGCAGGACUUGUCUCUCUUGAUGGAGAUUAGAUAGUAUGGGCUUCCUACAGAGAAAAUUAAUGAAUUCUGUUCUAUAUGCAGCUCCCUGGAAUAAGCUGCUUCUUGGCGAAGCAGUUCUUACAGGCAGCCUCCCGCUCCAAAAGCUUGGUGAAGCUGAUGUAUCAGACUUGCCUAGGUAAAGGAAUGAAACAAGAACCAAAAAGAUCCCAUGAUUCAUGGGAUCCCUAUGUGUGUUAGCUGUGGGGCGUUUUUUAAAGGUACAUCCACAGUAGCUGUGGGGGAGUGGAUUUGCAAGACUUACAGUGAAAUGAGUAUAUAUCUCAAAACCAGUCUGAGUGUGUGAAAAUGAAAUGUGUUCAAUGCUGUAUUUGUUUUCUUUUGGUAAUUUUUAAACGGGUCAUUUCCCUCCCCCCUCAGUUGAGUGAGUUUCAUGCUUUUGGAAAGUCUUAGGGGGGCAGCUAUGAAAACUGAUCUUUUUUUCCUCAAACUGGGUAUAGAGUGGGCAGUGUUAGUAUAUAUACCCCUUUAUUUUUUUUUAAUGGGUCAUGAUGAGCUGGAAACUGUUAUGUUAAGGAGAGUGGAUUGAUUAGACCUCUCUUCUCUCCACCCUUUUUUUUCCCAUGCUCACUUCCCUUCCAUAAUCUUUAGUUUCUCUGCUGAGGGAAUUUAUUUUUUCUUCUGAAUUGUAAUUAAAAAUUUUUCAGACCCCAUUGCAGACUUAGUCUUACACCACUGUAAUGCAAGAAAUAAACCAAUACAGACAUUAAAUCAUACAAUCAUGGGCACAAAAUACACCUUUUACAAGGUGUACUGUGGAUCUGGUGCCACAGACCUGAGAACGUGAAGUACUGCAUACCCUUGGCUCCCCUUGGCACUGCAGAAUUUAGGUAAUUAGGGAAAAGGGGUUAAUUAGUGCUUCACAGAACUGGACUCGCGUACUCCCAAAUUUGCCAGAAAAUGUCUUCUCUGCCCUGAGUGCCUCAGACCUCUGUUGCUGUAAGAGUAUCACUGCGAUGUUUUCAUUACCUUUAUUAUUAUUUUUAAUUAUGCAGUAAAGUGACCUGAAAUGAUGCAUAUAGAGCGUGUGUGUGUGCAUAUGUGUGUGUGUGUGUGUAUAGAUUUUUAACAAAACAGACUGUAGUACCUGAGUGGAAUUACCUGUGUUGAAUGAGAUGUACUGGGGAGAUGACUGUCCUGGAGGUUUGCCCA